UUUUCAACUCAGUUUGAUCGCACCAAUAAAGUAAACCACAUCGUAACAUGCCUCAGGCCAACCUAAAGUUAAGUCUCCAUGAUCAACAGGUGCUCGAUUCCAUUUUCAAUCCCCUCGAGCUCAGCAGCCUACAGACAAAUAACCUAAUUCCUGCUGAGUCUGACCUCAAGGAUGUGGAGCCGGACACCCAAGCCAUCAAAGCUUCCAGGGAACUGGAGCUAAGAGGCAUUGCCUUAUCCGAAAGUGGGCAGCUUGAUGAAGCCCUGGAUCUAUUUGAACAGUCAUUAAAUUUGGCCCAGAGGUCUUCGGUGCUAAAUAACAGGGCACAAACUUUGCGCCUUGCCAAACGCGAUGAGGAGGCCCUUGAUGACCUAAACCGAGCCCUGGAGCUGGCCACUGAUCAGCAGACCCGCACCAAGUGCCACGCCCACUGUCAGCGAGGGGUCCUCUAUCGUAAACUGGAUAACUUAGAGGCGGCUCGUGCCGACUUCGAAGCAGCAGCCCAGUUGGGCAGUAAAUUCGCCAGGGAACAGCUAGUGGAAAUAAAUCCCUUUGCCGCUCUGUGCAAUCAAAUGCUUCGCCAGGCAUUCGAUCAGCUAAAGUAACAUGAUAUGCUCCAGAAUUUUUAUGUGAUUUUGGGUUACUGGAAUAUGUAUAAAUACAAAAAUGAGAAAAGUAAACAAAUUUUAAACCCCUGCGUUAAACAACAAACUAUUGCAUUACAUAAUGUUUAAUGUAGGAAACUCCCAUUCACGUUCCCCAAAAGAAAUGUUUUAAAAAUAUAGCUAAGAAAUUACAAGUAAAGCAAAUUUGGUACUAUUAUUAUUAAUAUUAAUACUAAGUGACGUCAUAACAUUAUGCACAUGUUUUUUAUGCUUAAUGGGUAUAAAAUAAUCUUUAAACAAUAUAAAACUCUUAUCAGAAACAAUAAAAUUGUAGGUCGCUCAGCAAAGCAAAGCAAAGCAAAAUUAGUAAUUCACAAUCUCUCAACUCUAAAGGUUGUAAACUCUUAAAAUGCUGAGAUCAGUUCGUUUUUUGUUGUGCGCGGCUAUUAUAUGGAACUUGCAUGUCCUGGCAGAAAGCAAAUAUUAUAUAUGUUCAUGGGACAUAUGUAAUAAAAUACAGGACAUUGAACUCGUAAAAAACACUGUUAAAGAUGAAUUAGAAGAGCUAAAAGUGGAUUAUUACAAAUUAAUUGAAAGUUUAAAGGAUACCAAUAAUUCAGAAAUCCAACAAGUGAAAUUCGAAAUGAAAAUAUUGUCCAUAAUAAUGGUUACCAUUUUCCUGGGACUCUUAUUUAUUAUGCGGUGCAACAACUCGAAGGCUGCAAGAUCGCCCUCGGUCGGAUUGGGAAUUUCGCAGACAACUGGUCGCCAGCAAGAAUUGAUCGAAAGGCGACGCCCGGAAACAGCAGAUUCAGGAAGUCCACCUCCAUACCCUAUAGCAGUACACAUGCCCUCACAAAGAAGGGGUAUCACGCGCGAAGAAAUUCCAGAGGACGAAGUUCCCCCGCCGGCAUAUACCCAGAUCGUACUUUGAACUUCGAAUAAAGAUGGGAAAAUAUUGGUUUAAAGUUGCGGUGCGUUUGAAACAUUUCUGUCGGCACUUGGAUAAAUCAAUCAAAAUUUAUGAAAACCAUUUUCUUACAUUUUUAUAUUUUAUAAAUAAAUCAUGAAGCAUUCUA